AUGGAAUCGAAAGAAAUCGUGCUUGUUAAAUUUUUCGCACCUUGGUGUGGUCACUGCAAAAGGUUGGCUCCAGAUUUCGAAAAAGCAGCUGCAGAAUUAAUCACGAAUGAACCUCCUGUGGAAUUGAUAAAGGUUGAUUGCACUGUCGAAAAAAAAACAUGUGAAAAAUAUGGCGUUAGUGGAUAUCCUUCUUUGAAAAUCUUUCGAAAUGGCCAAUAUUCACAAGACUACAAUGGUGGGCGAACUGCAGAUGCAAUCAUAAAAUAUAUGAAGGGACAAGCGGGUCCAUCCGUUGUUGUGUUGUCAUCCAAGAAAGAUUUUGAUAAAUUCACUAGCAGUGAUGAUUAUGUUGUUGUUGGUUAUUUCGAUUCGGAGAGCAAGCUUAAGGAUUCAUACUUUAAAGUGGCAGAUACAGAGAGAGAUCGUUUUUCAUUUGGUCAUGUAACUGAUAAGUCAUUAUUCAAGGAUUACUCUGAUGACAUUGUGGUUUAUGUACCUAAGAAGCUUCAUAACAAAUUCGACACUAAUGAAAUAAAAUAUGAUGGAAAUUAUGAUACCGAUAAAAUAAAGGAAUUCUUGACUUACGAUACGGUAGGUCUAGUUGGUGUCAGAACUAUUGGUAAUCUAUUUCAAUUUACAAAAAAACCCCUGGUGGUUGUCUACUGGAAUAUAGACUUUGCGCUCAACCCAAAAGGUUCAAAUUAUUGGCGUAAUCGUGUGGCCAAAGUUGCUCAAGAUUAUAAACGUAAAGUUCAUUUCGCCAUCAGCAGUAAAGAAGAAUUUUCCCAUGAAGUGCAAGAAUAUGGUUUAGGUGAUCGCUCGACAUCAGAUAAACCAAUUGUUGCUGCUCAGACGAAAGAUGGCAAAUUCUUCAUGGAUACUGAGUUUAGCGUGGAAAAUCUCAAGAAUUUCGUCGAGGACCUAGUUAAAGGAAAGCUCAAACCAUACUUGAAGAGCGAACCUGAACCAGAUACCCAAGGCGAUGUAAAGGUUAUUGUGGGUCGUAGUUUCAAGAAAAUGGUUAUGGAAUCGGAUCAAGACAUUUUACUUGAGUUCUAUGCACCAUGGUGUGGUCAUUGUAAAAAAUUGGCUCCUAUUUAUGAUGAACUUGGGAAAAAAUUAGCAAGGGAAAAUAUUAUGAUAGCAAAAAUGGAUGCUACGGCAAAUGAUGUACCUCCACCUUUCGAAGUUCAAGGGUUGGUCCGAUUUAUUUUUUUAUUGUUUUAUUAUUUCAGACUUAAUUGGGCUGAUUUUUAUUUUGCGAAUCUGAUCUCGCAAGAUGAUGAAAUUCAUCAAUUUGCAAUUCUAUAA